GCGCCGCUUUCUAGGUAGUGGUUUCAUUAUCAAUUGAGUCACAUCAGAGUUUAUUUUGUAUUAUUUGUGGCACUCAGUUAUGCGACCUCGAGUCGAGUAGUAGCAAUAUUUGCAAACAUUCCGGGCUUUCGAAUCGGUAGCAAUCGUAUUGUGAAGUAUCUUACAAGAUUGAUUGAGAUACUGGCAAUGGAUCUGGAGAAGUUUGAUUUAACAAAGAAUGAUAUGGAAACCAUCGUUGCACGUUAUUUCAUCGAUUCGGAGUUAAAAUGGGACAUCAAUUCGGUCGUGGUGAAGCCGUUUAGCGCGAGUCGUGUCGGAUAUCUCGGUGAUCAUUUUGUGCUUGAUCUCAAUGUCUCUCAAGAUAAUAAUAAUGUUCGAAGAUUAAGUUUCUUCCUGAAAGUGUUACCGAAAACGAUACCAUCUCUAACUCGGUACUUGGAAUCAAUCGGAAUAUUUCGUAAGGAAGUUUGUCUCAACCGAGAUCUGUUUCCGAAGUUUUCUUCAUUCACCAAAUUUGCACCCGAAGCUUAUCUGACAAAAAACAACCAAUUAUUAGUGUUUGAAAAUCUUGAACCGAAGCGCUUUCGAACAAUCAGUAAUUCUGGCAUGGGUACCUUCGAUAAGGCACACUUGGAAAAGGCACUUGAAGUAUUGGCUAAAUUGCACUCCGCUUCACUGAUGUUGGAAACGAAAACCGGGCGUACGCUUCCGGAACUGUAUCCCGGAGUGUUGGAUGAAAAUUGUUGGAUUCGUAAGGAAAACAAUCCCCGUGUCGAGGAGUUAGAAAAUGCAAUUGAAACUCUUUGCGAGCUGGUGAAAGUGGUCGAGCGUGAAAACGAAAACUUAGCGAAUAUAUUGGAAACGUUGCCUCAAUUUGUGCUGCAAAUUUACGAACUAGUGAAGCCAUCGAACAUUUUUCGAAACGUUAUUUGCCAUGGGGAUCUUUGGGGUAGUAAUCUUAUGUUCAAGUAUUCGGACGAUGGCACACCGUCCGAAUGUCUGAUCAUAGAUUUCCAAUUCGCCCGUUAUGCACCUCCUGCCUAUGAUGUAAAUAUGCUGUUGACUUUAACGACCACCGGAGAGUUUCGAAAGCAACAUUACUGUGAACUGAUAGAUUAUUACUACAAUUGCGUGCGGCGAUGCUUUAUAGACAAUUGUUUAUCACCAGAGGAGAUCAUUCCCGAACGGCAGUUUCUGGAAUCUUGCAAGCGUUAUCGGAUAUCCGGAUUGAUCGAUAAUUUCUUGAUGAAUCAUGUGACAUUGCUACCCAGAAGUUAUGUUGAUCAAAUUUUCUCAUCUCCGGAGAACUACACAAAUUUUAGUGGACAGGACAAAAUACGAAUGUGCUUGGAUGUGUUGAACAAUGAUACGAGUUACAGGACCAGAAUAACAGGGAUUAUUAGGGAUCUGAUUGAGGCUUUGUAAUCGAGGGGGAUAAGUUUUUCUUGUUACAAGUUGAUAUAAUUCCGAAAACUAAACAUUCCGAUUCGUUGUUUGUAUAGUAUUUUUACAAUUGUUAAUGAUGAUUAUAUUCAUCUUGUUUUGUGAAAUUGUAGUAAGUUUUAUACCAUUUAAUCAUACUGAAAUAAAAUUUUUGGUAAACUUA